AUGUCCCACGACAGUACUAGCAUUGAGCUGCAGCCUUCGGGCAAGCAUCAUGCUGUUCCAGUCAGCGUCGAUGCAUCAGCCAGACCAGCGGAAGAGAGCGGUAUCUACAGUGUGACCAGAACACGAAAGGUAUUCUCGGGCUCCCAAUUGUUUGCCUUCUCGUUGACGUAUAUGGCAUUGUGGGAGGGUAUGUGCACAAACAUGUACUUUGCUCUCUUCAAUGGCGGACCCCAAACUUUCCUCUUCAGCUUCAUGAUCGUCUUCUGCGGUGCCAUCUGCCAGGCCGCUUCUCUGGGAGAAAUGGCUUCCAUCCAGCCCGUGGCUGGUGCCCAAUAUCACUGGACAUAUUACAUGGCUCCCGCCUCAGUGAAGCGAUUUGCUACUUGGAUCCAAGGAUGGGCAACAUGGUUCGGCUACGUAUCUCUCCUGGCAGCCAUUGCCAACGUAACCAUCAUCCUUCUCGAAUCAAUGAUCAGCAUCAACCAUCCUGACUAUGUUGCUGGAGGAUGGCACACUUCAGUGCUUGUCAUCGCUAUGUGUCUUGUCCACGGGCUUAUGAACAUCUAUGCUUUCAAGCUUAUUCCUUGGGUUGAGAUGGUUGCUGGUGUUCUGCACAUAUGCCUCUUCGUCAUAUUCGUCGUUGUUCUUGUUGUCAUGGGGCCUCGCAACCCUUCUUCAUUCUGGCUGGAGCGCAACAUCUCUUCUGGAUGGGAGAAGAACGAGUAUGUUUCUUGGAACUUGGGCAUGCUGACCUGUGUCUGGAGUUUCACUGGCUUCGACAGUGCUCUCCACAUGUCUGAGGAGACCCGCAAGGCCAAGAGCGCUGUCCCCCGAGCCAUGUUCUGGAGUAUCUUCAUGAACGGAGUGCUCGGUUUCAUCAUGGUCAACGUCCUCAUCUCCGCUAUGGGUUCCGUUGAGGAUAUGCUCAACCAGACCAGUCAAAUCCAAGCCAUCCUCCUCAACGUCACUGGUUCCACCAAGGCCACCACUGCUAUGAUUGCUGGCAUUUUUAUCAUCUCAUUCAGUAGCAACCUGGCCAACAUCGCCUCAGUGUCUCGUCUGACAUGGGCUUGGUCCCGAGAUGGCGGCAUGCCAGCAUACUUUGCCUAUGUCAGUCCCAAGCAUCGCGUCCCUAUCCGAUCCGUUAUCUUCACAGUCUUUCUCGUCUGCGCUCUGAACCUCCUCAAUAUCGGUAACACUUCAUAUGUUGCUUUCGGUGCCAUUACUUCCCUGUCAUCCUUGGCCCUGUACAUCAGCUAUGCCAUUGCCAUUGCAAGCAUCAUCUAUGUUCGUAUGUCCGGCUCAACUUUCAAGCUUGGAGAGUGGAACCUGGGUCGGUUCGGCUUCGCCAUCAACGUCUUUGCGCUGGUGUAUACCCUGUAUAUCAUCAUCUUCCUUCCAUUCCCGUCAACACUUCCCGUCACGGGUGAGAACAUGAAUUACUGUGGACCCGUUAUGGUUGCGGUCCUGGCUAUCGCGGUCGGACUUUGGUUCACCGGUGCCAGGAAGAACUGGACAGGACCUAAUCUGAGUAUCCUUGAGUUUGUUGUUGCGAACGCAAAUUAG